UUCCCAUUUUAAUUAAUAUUUCUGGAACUAAAAAGUACAGUAGUACAUAUUGAACCCUUGAAUUUGAGAGUUGAAACUUGAAGAAAACCCUUCUUUGGGUGUAAACUGGAACUGAAACUGAACCUAACAAAACAACUCCACUCUCUCCCAAACCCAAACAUGAGCCGGCAUCCGGAGGUUCUAUGGGCUCAGAGAUCGGAUAAAGUUUACCUGACGGUGGCUCUUCCUGAUGCCAAAGACAUCAAUGUAAAGUGUGAGCCUCAGGGUUUGUUUUCUUUCUCUGCUUUGGGAGCUCAAGGAGAACCCUUUCACUUCACUUUAACACUUUAUGGAACUAUACUCCCUGAGGGUUGUAAGACAAAACCGGGGUUAAGGAACAUAAUAUGUUCAAUCCAGAAAGAACAGAAAGGUUGGUGGAAAAGAUUGUUGAAAACAGAAGAAAAACCAGCACCUUAUCUGAAAGUUGAUUGGAACAAGUGGUGUGAUGAGGAUGAGGAAGAGUCGAGAUCUGACUCUGCAUCCGAGGAUGGUGAUCAUGCUGCGUAUGUCGGUGAUGAAGACGAAAGCAGCGAUGACGAAGGAAUGCUUUAUCUCCCCGACUUGGAAAAGGUGCGAGGAAACAAAAAGCGAUGAGUGAGGAGUACUAACAAGUAACAUGCAGCCGGCGAUGCAGUUAAACAACGCCCUUAUCAGAUAAUUGAUAGGUAUAUACUAGGGAACUGUUGAGUUUGAUGAAUUAUAACAAAUAUAUAAUUGAGUUGAGACUGUACAUAAUCUGACAGUGCUUCCUUUUAUGCUCUAAAUCUAACCUCUCAAAUCAUUUGGCAUCUAAACAUGAGAUGCCUUUUGCUGCUGUAGUAGUUGUAGCUGUACUACCACGGAUUCUUUCCUUCAUUUUUUUCUGCUUAGUAGACCUGUUAUGGAUUAAAAAAUCAUGUGAAAUAUUGGAUUUUGAUUACUAUCUGGUGAUUUUGAGCAUUACUAUCA